GCCAUGGCCGAGGCGGCCCCGGCUCCGGGGAGGGCAGCUCGCGCGCGCACGGACGCGCGGCCUCGGGGCCCGGGGGACUGCCUGCGUGCUCCGGGCUCGGCGGCCCGGCCUGGGGUCUCGGUCCAGCAGCUGGACAUGGAGGACGAACACUCAUCACCUCUGUCAUUCUCCAGCGUUCCACACAAAGAGUCUGUGCAUCAGGCCCCUGCUGGACUCCCCAGAGAAACUGUGUUCCCUUCUUGCAUUCUUCCCCCCAAAGAAAUUCCUUCCUUGUCUCCCACUGCCCUCCGGCAAGGUGCCCUGCCCCAGACUGACAGUACUCCUAAGCAAGAGACUUCUGGCCAGAUGUCACAUGUUCUCCAGAAGGGACCUUCACUCCUGUAUCCUGCCACCUCAGAGCAAGACACACACCACCAGGUAUCCCUGGCUUCCCAAGAAGAAACCCAGUAUUCUCCUUCAGCUGCUGGUCAGGGGACCCCUCUCCUUUCCCACUCCAUCCAACAUCAGGAAGCUCCACCCCACUCUCCUGAGGUUUCUGAGAAAGACUCGCUGACUUUGUCACCCACGGUUGUGGAAACCGACAUGAAUGCCCUGCUCCAGAGUCCCACUUCGCAAAAGGACGCUCCUUUUCAUACCUCUUCUGCAGCCCAGAAGGAGCAGCCACUGCCCACCGCAGAGAUCACUCGCCUGGCUGUGUGGGCUGCCGUCCAAGCGGUGGAGAGGAAGCUGGAGGCCCAGGCCAUGCGGCUGCUGACCCUGGAGGGCAGGACAGGGACAAACGAGAGGAAGAUAGCGGACUGCGAGAGAACCGCUGUGGAGCUCGCCAGCCACCUGGAGAGCAAGUGGGUAGUGCUGGGGACGCUGCUGCAGGAGUACGGGCUGCUGCAGCGGCGCCUGGAGAACAUGGAGAACCUGCUGAAAAACAGAAACUUCUGGAUCCUGCGGCUACCGCCAGGCAGCAAUGGAGAAGUUCCCAAGGUCCCUGUCACAUUUGAUGAUGUCGCCGUCCAUUUCUCAGAGCAGGAAUGGGGAAACCUCUCUGAGUGGCAGAAGGAGCUCUACAAGAAUGUAAUGAGGGGCAACUAUGAGUCUCUGGUCUCCAUGGACUAUGCAAUAUCCAAACCAGACCUCAUGUCACAGAUGGAGCGUGGAGAAAGGCCAGUCAUGCAAGAGCAAGAGGACUCUGAGGAGGGUGAGACACCCACAGACCCCAGUGCUGCACAUGACGGCAUCGUGAUUAAGAUCGAGGUGCAGACCAACGAUGAGGGCUCAGAAGAACUGGAGACACCAGAGCCGCUGAUGGGACAAGUGGAGGAACACGGCUUUCAGGACUCAGAGCUGGGUGACCCCUGUGGAGAGCAGCCAGACCUGGACAUGCAGGAACAAGAGAACACGCUGGAGGAGUCCACCGAAGGCUCCAGCGAGUUCAGCGAGCUCAAACAGAUGCUGGUGCAGCAGAGAAACUGCACGGCAGAGGGGAUCGUGAUAAAGACUGAGGAGCAGGAGGAGGAGGAGGAAGAAGAGGAGGAGGAUGAGCUGCCACAGCACUUGGAAUCCCUUGGGCAGCUAUCUGGGAGGUACGAGGCCAGUAUGUACCAGACCCCCCUUCCUGGGGAGAUGUCCCCCGAGGGCGAGGAGAGCCCCCCACCCCUGCAGUUGGGCAACCCAGCAGUGAAGAGGCUGGCGCCCAGCCUUCAUGGGCAUUCACAUGGGCAUGGUGAGCGGCACCUGGGUGAGAACCGUGGGUCCUCCAGCCAGCAGCAGCGGAAUCGACGAGGCGAGCGGCCCUUCACUUGCAUGGAGUGCGGCAAGAGCUUUCGGCUGAAGAUUAACCUUAUCAUCCACCAGCGCAACCACAUCAAGGAGGGGCCCUAUGAGUGUGCCGAGUGUGAGAUCAGCUUCCGCCACAAGCAGCAACUCACACUUCACCAGCGCAUCCACCGGGUGCGCAGCGGCUACGCCUCCCCGGAGCGCGGGUCAGCCUUCAACCCCAAGCACUCACUCAAGCCGCGCCCCAAGUCGCCCAGCUCAGGCAGUGGUGGUGGCCCUAAGCCCUACAAGUGUCCCGAGUGUGACAGCAGCUUCAGCCACAAGUCAAGUCUGACCAAGCACCAGAUCACACACACGGGAGAGAGGCCCUACACGUGCCCGGAAUGCAAGAAGAGCUUCCGCUUGCACAUCAGCCUGGUGAUCCACCAGCGUGUGCAUGCUGGCAAGCACGAGGUCUCCUUCAUUUGCAGCCUGUGCGGCAAGAGCUUCAGCCGCCCAUCGCACCUGCUGCGCCACCAGCGGACUCACACCGGCGAAAGGCCCUUCAAGUGCCCGGAGUGCGAGAAGAGCUUCAGCGAAAAAUCUAAGCUCACCAACCACUGCCGUGUGCACUCGCGCGAACGGCCGCAUGCAUGCCCCGAAUGCGGCAAGAGCUUCAUCCGCAAGCACCACCUGCUGGAACACCGGCGCAUCCACACGGGUGAGCGGCCCUACCACUGCGCCGAGUGUGGCAAGCGCUUCACGCAGAAACACCACCUGCUGGAGCACCAGCGAGCACACACUGGCGAGCGGCCCUACCCCUGCACGCACUGCGCCAAGUGCUUCCGCUACAAACAGUCGCUCAAGUACCACCUGCGGACCCACACGGGCGAGUGAGCAUGCGCCCCGCCCCUGCCCCUGCCAGAUGAGCAGCUAGGUGCAAGGGUCUAAGGCCCCUGGGACCGGUGCCUCAGUUGCCCCCAGGCUGAGCCCAGUGGGCGGGAGCGGGGCGCCCCAAGCCCUUCUGCUGUGAACCCUCUUCCCCUCCUGUCCCUUCUCCCCAGGACGGGUAGUGAAACCAGGUCGCUUGUUGCCUGCUUCCCCCAGGGUCCCAGGGGGGAGCGCUUGGGCCUGGGGAACCCCUUCAGGCUGUUAAUUUCCUUGACAAUAAAAUGGAUGAAAACAAUCUGCACGGGGGCAGUGAUUUGGCUGCCAGCCACUCACAGGCGGCGAUGCAGGGCCAUUUAGUCGGGGAUAGAACUUUCUAAUUACCUUUUGGAUACUGUGGUUCUAUUUGAUAAUAAUAGAGUAAUUUUUAAAAGA